AUGAAUAAAAAGCAAAUAAAACAAGAAAAAGUACUUAAAAAAAAGGCUUUGUAUUAAGAAUAUUGGAAAUCUAUUUUUAAUAAAUAUAGAUAAGCCAAUGAAAAAAUUAAAGAUGGAGAAACUAAUACAAAUAUAUAAUUGAAUGGAGAUAACAUCUAAAAUAAGCAUUUAUUAGAAUAAGGUUUUGAAAAAAAUCUCUUAUAAUAGAAAAAUAUAGAAAAAUUUUCUGAAGUCAAAUUUUUUUUAAAUUAAAAGCAUGAAAAUACUGAAAACAAAAAUAUUGAGUAAAACAUCUUAUAAAAAGAUCAAAUUACCUCCUUAUAAAAUAAAGAAACUUUAAUUUCACAAUUAAAUCAAAAUGAUUUAAAUAAUUAAUCAAUCAAAUUAAUUUAAAAAGCAUCAAAUAUUCUUUCGAAAUCAACUAGAUUUUAAGAGAUAUCUAAAGGAAUUGAAUAAACUAAACAAUGUUCUAAAGUUUAAUUAAAUUUAAAGAAAGACAUUAAUUCUUAUUAGCAAAAAAAUUAAGUUAUAAAUAAUAUUUAGGUAAACCAAGUUGUAUCAAACAUCCCAUCUCAUAAUAAAUAACUCACUUUAUAAGAAUCAUUUCAAAAGUAACAUUCUAAUACUGUAAAAAGUCAAAGUAAAAAGAGGAUUUUAAAGAAAUAAUAAAAAAGUUUAAAAUCAUUUUGCAAAAAACUUCCAACAAUCGAAUUGUCUAAAAAUGAAGAUAAUAUAAAGAAAGAUAUCGAACAAGCUAAAACUCAUUUGUUAAAAACUUAAUCUUCUAAUAUAAAUUAAGUAGAUUAGAGUAAUAAAUAAUUGUUAACAACACAAAAUCAUGAUUUUUUCAAAGAUUUUUCAUAAUCUCAAGAAUAAGAAAUGAAUUAAAAUAUUUAAGAUGAUAAAUUAUCAAAAAAUUGUAUUGAGACUCUUGCUAUUAAUUAGCCUAAAGUAAUUGUUCAUGACUAUUAAGAAAAUAAAAUAAAGGAAUAAUAAAUUAACAAUUUGAUCACAUACAAUAUAUUAUAAUAAUCAGCUGCAAUUACUGAUUCAGAAAAUAAAAUUAUUGUCAAUAAGAGUGGAUCGCAAGAACUUUAAAUCUAAAAAGAUGAAUAAAAUUAGGAAAAUAAAAAUAAAUAACCUGAAUCUUAUGAUAAGCUUAAUAAUUCGAUUACAGCAUCAACUUAAAAUGUAGUAAGAAAUUAAUUAAUAGCUGUUUAAAAAGUUAUUAGAAAUUUGAAUGAUAGAGCAAAUAUAUAAAAUUAACUAAAGUUUCAUCAGGAUAACGUGUAAAUUCAAAUUGAUUUGGAUGUUGUAAUUACUGAAUAAUCUGAUUUGAUACCUAAUUACGAGAGAUUUGUUGAAUGCAUUUAAUAUUUACAUAAUUUAGAGAAAGCUCAUGUUGAUAAAUAAAAUUUAGCACCUUAAUUUUUGUGA